AAGAAGAAGUUCAAGAUGGCGGAACGUGGUUACAGUUUCUCUCUCACCACAUUUAGCCCCUCAGGUAAACUGGUUCAGAUUGAAUAUGCGCUGGCAGCUGUAGCAGCAGGAGCUCCUUCAGUGGGCAUCAAAGCUUCUAAUGGAGUUGUUCUGGCCACGGAGAAGAAGCAGAAGUCCAUCCUGUACGAUGAACAGAGUGUCCACAAAGUGGAGCCCAUCACUAAACACAUAGGCAUGGUCUACAGCGGCAUGGGGCCAGACUACAGGGUUUUAGUGCGACGAGCUCGGAAGCUGGCGCAGCAGUACUACCUGGUGUACCAGGAGCCCAUUCCCACAGGCCAGCUGGUCCAGAGGGUGGCCUCUGUAAUGCAGGAGUACACACAGUCCGGGGGGGUGCGUCCAUUUGGUGUGUCGUUGCUGAUAGCUGGAUGGGAUGAGGACCACCCCUACUUGUUCCAGUCUGACCCCUCUGGGGCGUACUUUGCAUGGAAGGCCACAGCUAUGGGAAAGAACUACGUUAACGGAAAAACAUUCCUUGAGAAAAGGUAUAACAACGACCUGGAGUUAGAGGAUGCCAUCCACACAGCCAUCCUCACACUGAAGGAGAGUUUUGAGGGUCAGAUGACAGAGGAGAACAUUGAGGUGGGGAUCUGCAACGAAGCUGGUUUUAAAAGACUGACCCCAGCGGAGGUGAAAGACUACCUGUCUGCCAUCGCAUGAACACACCCUCCCUGACGGACAUUUUUCAGGACCAGACUCAGCAGCACAGUAGUCAACAGUCACAUGGCUCAUUUUUGUAAACACAUUUUUCAGAUACUGUAGUUUGCUUUAAUCGCAUUCUGGUUAAACUGUUUCAAGCUCCACAACCAUGAGUUUACAGUUCGUCACCAAAUGAAUGUAAACUAGUUUACUUUACGAAACUUGUCACUCACAAAUACAUUAAACACAUGAGACUUUACUCAACACAUGCACCAGUAAUGUGGCUGUUGUCUACUGUGCACAUGAAAAACUUGGAUUCUGAUGAGGAAAAUUUCAAGUCUUCCAUUUAAUCCUCUUUUUUUAUUGCUCAUUGUUGUUGCAAAGGCAGUUUGGAGGUUAAGCACUGAUUAGAAAUAUCAUUUAUUAAAUUCUACUAUAACCCGAGUGUGGCGUGAGACCUACUGUUGCACAAAAUAUUUAGUAGAAAUCAAGCUUCGUUUAUCAAAUGGUAGUUUGUACAUCUUUGUCAGUCCUCGGUUGGAAGGUGACGAGAAUUAGCAGGUGAGGGAGGAUGUAAUGGAGAGCUUGAGAUUUUCAGUCAGGAUCUGGUUGUAACGGAUUUAAAUGAUUUGUUCUUAUUUUCAGGUCAGAGACAGUUCUGAAAUUUGUACCUUCUUUUUCUGAUUUAUGUAAUUUCUUCAAUAAAACAUGGUGAGCUGU